AUGUUCGCCAAGACCGCCGUUGUUAUUCUGGCCGCUGUUGCCAGCGUUGUCAGCGCUCUCCCCAGCUCCGAGCCUCCGUCUCGUGUUGAGUCUGCUCCCCGAGCCAAGCGAACCACUCACUCCGGUCUCGCUACCGUUUACGACCAGUUCGGUGCCGCUGGAUCUUGCGGCCAAGUGCACGCUGACAGCGACUUCAUUGGCGCUCUUACUCCCACCUGGCAGGGUUCUUCAUGGCCCCCCAAGUACUGUGGCCGCAAGGUUUUCAUCACCAACACUGGCAGCGGUGAUGGUGUUGGUGGCAAGGGCAACAGCGUCACCAUCGCUGUUGCGGAUACCUGCCCUGGCUGCCCUUCUGCCGACAGCAUUGAUCUGUCUCGCGGAGCUUUCAGCUCGCUCACCAACGGUGCCACCACCGGAAACGUCAACAUUGACUGGCAUUUCUGCAACACCAACGGCCAGUGCUAA